AUGAGUAGUCAAGAAAAUGCCACAACUUUGUCUGCAUUCAUACUGGUGGGUUUUUCAGAGACUCACAAGUUCCAUGUAUUAAUAUUUGUAGUGCUGCUCUCCCUUUACAUAAUCACCUUAGUGAUCAAUAUCUUGAUAAUUCUGCUUGUAAAAUCUGACCCUAUGCUUAACACUCCAAUGUAUUUUUUCCUUAUGCACUUGGCCAGCUUGGAGGGAUGCUAUAUGUCAGUCAUCAUCCCUAAAUUAUUAGAGAAUUUGUUGGUGAACGCUACAGUUAUUUCCUUUCUGGGAUGUGCCAUGCAGAUGUUCUUCUUCCUGUUUUUUGGGGUUGCUGAGUGUUUUCUUCUAGCUGCCAUGGCAUUUGACCGCUAUGUUGCAAUAUGCCACCCUUUGCAUUACACAAUUAUUAUGAGGAGAAAUGUUUGCUGGAUGAUGGUGACUGGUUCGUACAUUUGUGGGACUGCAGUUGGGCUGGUCCACACCACUGUCACAUUUCGCCUGCGAUUUUGUGGUGUGAUCAUCAACCACUUCUUCUGUGAAAUACAGCCACUGUUAGAACUAGUCUGUGGGGACACCUUCCUAAAUGAAGUCCAAGUAAUUGGAAUUGCUCUGAUGGCUAUCAUGCUACCAUUUGUGCUGAUCAUCCUAUCUUACAUGGGCAUUAUCUUUACCAUCAUGGGGAUGCCAGUCUUGGAGAGCAGAUAUAAAGCCUUCUCCACCUGCUCCUCACAUUUAAUAGUUGUUAUUAUCUUCUAUGGUACAUCUAGUUCCAUGUACUUAAAACCCAAAUCCAGCUACUCUCCACCACUGGACAAGCUUUUAUCUUUUUCCUAUACUGUUGUAACUCCACUGUUAAAUCCAAUUAUCUACAGCCUAAGAAACAAGGAAAUGCAGGGAGCCCUAAUAAAACUAUGGAAGAAAAAGGUUUUGGUAAAAGUUUAUAAGUGA